AGACGCAAUUGCAGAUGCGGAUUCGACGGCUAAUUUGUACUCUGACAGCGUGAGCAUCACUUGCUCUUUGAGCAACCGCUUAGUGUCUCCUUCCUAACAGCCAAUGCUUCACUUCAAUAUCAGUCCUGCUCUUGGAGAAACUACCAACCAAUAUUUCAAUCUAGCGCGACGCUUUUGCUUCGCGAUCUGCUCGCAAAUUUCCGGGCACGAUAUCGGACCUACGAGGUAGCCCCGCUGUUGUCCGUAUCGACGCCUUAGGUCAAGGCCUAUGAGCAAUUGGACGAUUUCAGCGCAGCUGUGUUUGAUUUGGUCCUUGACAAAGACACAAGAUGGGAAUGCGGCAGGAUACACAGCGAGGACGUACUCCCCAGAGUUGUUGAGAAAGACCAAGCAUGUUUUGUUGGAGUUUGGCAAAUCAGUGUGGGUUGAGAUGGCUGGACUGGGCCCCCAGCAAGCCAAGAGCUCGGGGCUCCAGCUUGUUCCCGGCACUCGGCGCCACGCUCUUCAAUCCGAGUUUCGUGUUCCUGGAUUGUCUCGAUGAUGAGGCUGGCCAGUCGCAGAACCAGCCCUCUUGUGACAAGGAUGCAUGCGAGGCAGGGAAGAAGAAAACAUGCAAAGU